GGUGUUGGCCAUUUGGUUCAGCAUGCAGAUGCUAGAAGUUGCUGUGCAGAGAUUUGAACGUAAUGAACAACGAUGGGAACAAGGUCAUUUCCUGUGCCGCGUGGCCCGGCAGGUUUUGAACCCUGCGUACGACUGCAUCCCACCCAAUCUCGUCGAUCUCUACAUCACCAACAUGGGGGGCUUGCAACCGUCGUACAUCUACCGGCUGUUGGCGGAGUACUACCACAGGGAUGACUUGAUCAUCUCCCCUUGAGAUGAGCAGGUCAGCCGUUUAUGGUACCAAUUUCUGGGUCGUCGGUGUGGGUAGUUGGUUGGGAGUUUGAGGAUUCGUUCACUUCUGUAGCAGCGGUAGGGGCUGGGCAGUGUAGUGCCGUGUGACGAUCAUGCCAGCCUGGAUCACUCCGACUUCCGUUUCAAGGUGUUUCGCUAGUUCGCUGCGCACGUAUGUGUCAUGGAAUUCCAUCGCCGAGUUUGAAACGUAAGAGUGGCCAAGUGCCAGUCAUGAGUGUGCAUGUACCCGCUCCCAUUAUCAUGGGCUAACUUGCGUUGGCAUCCGUCGUUACGGGUUCUGUGUGGUAGACCAUACUCCAGCAAUGGCCCUUUUGGCUGUAGCGAAUGGGCCGUGCGACUCCAUUCAUUCGGUUGUUGUAGCGGACGCACGACAGCAGUAGCCUCACAGGAUUUUGUAGAGAGAAACCGUGAACGUUUCCUGCGCAAGGAUAUUCGGAACUACGCUUGUUCUUGCGGAGAUGGAAGCGUAGAGUUCAAGCUUGACGGCCUUAUUGAAGUUGCCAUGGCGACAAAAGGCUCUGACGACAAGGUGGGAUGAAGGUGGCUUCUCUCAACUUGUCGAGCAGAGUGGGACCUGCUUCGAUUACAUCAAACUCGAGGGACACAUGGGGACACGACGUGGGUCUUGGCGUCC